UUUCUCUGAUUGUAGAAGGAGGAGUGGUCUGAUGACAAACCAGCAGACUGCUGUGCUGCUGCUGGCCGAGCUGCAGGAGCUCAUCAUGGGGAGCGUUCUGUUCAGAUGUGCGGUGACUGACGUGGGUAUCCAGUGGGCCGGCUGGGCUCUGGCUGCUGCUUUUAGAACCGAGAAGUUUUAUGACCUGGCAGGAUCUGGGACAUUUAUACUGCUCGCUCACCUGAGUCGUAUCUGGGGAGGAGCCGGUCAUCUCCGUCAGAAAGUGCAGACUGGUUUAGUGACUGCAUGGGGACUCAGGCUGGGGACAUUCCUCUUCAUGCGAAUCUUGAAGGACGGUCAUGAUCGCAGAUUCAACAAUGUCAGAGAGAGCCCAGGGACUUUCUUUGUGUAUUGGACUAUUCAAGCUCUGUGGAUAUUUAUGACCCUCCUGCCCACCCUCAUGCUGAACAGUGAGAAGCAAGACAUGCCUCUGGGAACAAGGGACUAUAUUGGCUGGACUGUGUGGGGCCUUGGCUUCGCUACUGAAGCUAUUGCUGAUCAGCAGAAAUGGCUUUUUAAGAGUGACCCAAAUAAUGCUGGAAAGUUCAUCCAGAGUGGACUGUGGGCCUACAGCAGACAUCCUAACUACCUCGGAGAGAUACUGCAGUGGUCAGGCCUGUGGCUGUCAGCCUCAUCAGUGAUGCAGGGUCCACAGUACCUGAGUGCAGUAUCACCCCUCUUCGUCUGGUUCCUGAUACGUUACAUCAGCGGCGUCCCCAUGCUGGAGAGGCAGGCCAUGAAGAAGUGGGGGUCUGACCCGGUUUUCCAGAAUUACAUAAAGAACACUCCUCUCCUCUGGCCUUCACCUAAGUUUUGAUGUUGAUCUUAACUGUUGCCUCACACUUUAAGUGAUACAAGUCUUAUUUCUCUCAGCAAAACCUAGUCAAUGUUUUGAAGUGUAAUUUAUCUUUGCUCGCAUUAUAGUUGCACUGUAAAAUAAAUCAAAAAACUAUCCUUUAA